AUGAGUAAAUCAGUCAAUGUUGCUAUCAUUGGAUCCGGAGUGGUAGGAUCAGCUUACAUCAAUCAAUUGAAAAAUUUAAAGACCAACAUCGCUUUCAAUGUGGUGUACUUGGCUAGAUCGUCGAAAGAAGCACUUUACAAUGACGACUACAAGCCAAUUGAUUUAGCUACAUACAAAACAGCACCUGCCAAAUCAGUUUUGAGCUUGGAAAAGUUGAUCGCAUACUUGAAGGGGGCCCACAAACCAACAAUUCUUGUCGACAACACAUCAAAUGAAGCAAUUGCCAAUAGUUAUCCAAAUUUCAUCAAGGAGGGAAUUUCAAUUGCAACUCCGAACAAAAAAGCUUUUUCAUCAGCUUUAAAAAUUUGGAAUGACAUUUUCUCUAGUGCUGAAAAAGAAGGAAGCGGUUUGGUUUACCAUGAAUCGACUGUGGGUGCAGGCUUGCCAAUCAUUGGUCCUUUAAAAGACAUUGUGCUUACCGGUGACAAAGUGGAAACCAUUGAGGGUAUUUUCUCAGGUACAUUGUCCUACAUUUUUAACGAGUUUUCAACUCCCGAGAAAUCUGGUGUUCAGUUUUCUGAUAUAGUCACCAAAGCAAAGAGUUUGGGCUACACUGAACCUGAUCCAAGAGACGAUUUGAAUGGAUUGGAUGUGGCAAGAAAAGUUACUAUUCUUGCUCGUAUUGCUGGAUUUGAUGUUGAGAGCCCAACAAGCUUCCCAGUUGAGAGUUUGAUUCCUAAACAAUUGGAAAGUGUCUCCAGCGCCGAUGAAUUUUUACAAAAAUUGCCACAAUAUGACGCAGAUAUUCAAAAAGUUAAAGACGAGGCAUUUGCUGAUGGUAAAGUGUUACGAUUUGUCGGUAAAGUUGAUUUAAAGAAUGACAAUGUUUCAGUAGAGAUUGGAAAGUAUCCAUUUGACCACCCAUUUGCAUCAUUAAAGGGAAGCGACAACGUUGUUGCAAUCAAGACAAAUAGAUAUCCUAACCCACUCAUCAUUCAAGGCGCUGGUGCAGGUGCUGAGGUGACUGCUCAUGGUGUUUUGGCUGAUACUAUCAAAAUAGCUGAAAGAAUUGCAAAUUGA